GUAACUGUUAUCGAGUGUAUAGAGUUUAGAAUGGAUCAGAAAGAGAUCGAUAGAAUAUGUGCCAUGCUAAACUACACUUUAUCAGAAAACGAAGAUGAGUGCUUAGGUGGUGAAGAAAGUGAUGCAGAGAGUGUUGUUGAUGCAGAGGAAGAAAUUGUGGAUGAUGAUCAGUUUAAUACUGAUACAUCACAAAGUGAAAAUGAAUAUGAAGAUGACAUUCUGCCACGUGAUGGGAAUUUCUACACAGGAAAAGAUGGUACGAAAUGGAAGAAGGUGAAACAAAUUCAGUCUGUGCGCACACGAAGACACAACAUCGUCUCUCAUCUUCCAGGUUGUAGACGUGAAGCAAGAGAUGCUAAAACACCUUUGGAUGCCUGGCAGUGCUUUUUUCCCGAUUCUAUUUUACAAAAGAUAGUGGACUACACUAACGUCUAUAUAGAAAUUAUUAGAUAUACAAGGUAUAGUCGUGAAAGAGAUGCGAAACCAACAGAUUUGGUGGAGAUAAAAGCUUUCCUGGGACUUUUGUAUCUUUCUGGUGUGUUGAAAUCAUCACACAUACACACCGAUGAAUUGUGGAACGAUGAUGGCACAGGAGUUUCUAUUUUUCGUGCAACUAUGAACCAACAACGAUUUAGAUUUUUGUUGAGGAUGCUGCGCUUCGAUGACAAGAGAGAUCGUCAAGUAAGAAUAGAAUUUGAUAAAUUUGCUCCUGUGAGAGAAAUAUUUGAAUAUUUAGUAGAAAAUUGUAAAAAAUAUUUCUGUGUUAGUGAGUACACAACAAUUGAUGAAAUGUUGUGGAGUUUUCGUGGCAGAUGCGCAUUUCGUCAAUUCAUGAAAAGCAAGCCUGCUAAAUACGGGAUAAAGGUGUUUUCGCUUGUAGAUGCUAGGACCUACUAUACCCUGAAUAUGGAAGUUUAUUUAGGCAAACAACCUGAUGGUCCAUUUAGGCUUGAUCAGUCUCCUUUUUCUGUUGUGAAACGUCUGAUACAGCCGAUCUCGGGUACUGGGCGUAACGUAACAUAUGACAAUUGGUUUACGAGUGUUCCAUUAUCCCGAGAACUCCUAUGUCAGCACAACCUCACAACAGUUGGAACAAUAAGGAAAAACAAGCGUGAGUUGCCUGCAUCUUUUCUUAUCAGCACUGGUAGAGAAGAGUUUUCUUCACUUUUUGGAUUUGGAGAAGAUCAUGCAACUCUAAUUUCAUAUGUUCCUAAAAAAAAGGAAAGUUGUUUUAUUGUUAUCAACGAUGCAUGAAAACGAUGCAAUUGACCCAGGAACGGGAGAUAAAAAAAAACCCGAAGCAAUUACGUUCUAUAAUGCAACAAAGGGAGGAGUGGAUACAGUUGACGAAAUGUCAGGCAACUAUUCUGUUGCUAGGAAAAGUCAGAGAUGGCCCCUGACAGUAUUUUAUCACAUGCUAAACAUAGCAGCUAUUAAUGCCCUUGUUAUAGUUGCGUGUAAUAAAAAUCCCGAAAGCCGCCCUAUUAUACGAAGAAAGUUUUUAAAAGAAAUAGCUUUAGGUUUGGUAAAGCCCUACAUGAAACAGCGUCUCAGCAUGCCAAAUCUGAGCA